AUGUUUGCACUGAAAGAUUUGGGACCUUUGUACUAUUUUCUUGGACUGGAAAUAUAUCGAGAUGCUUCAGGUCUUUACUUGAACCAAGGCAAGUAUGUCUUAGAUCUGCUAAAGAAAUUUAACAUGCUUGAUUGUGCACCUGUCCCCACACCUAUGGUCACUGGCAGAUCCUUUUCUAUUUCUGACGGUGAACUCAUGACAAACCCCUCUCUUUAUCAGAAAGCAAUUGGCUCACUUCAGUACUUAACCUCAAUGAGACCCGAUAUCGCUUAUUCGGUCAACAAGCUGAGUCAAUUCCUCUCUCGUCCCACUACAGUGCAUUUUCAAGGUGUCAAAAGGAUCCUGCGAUACCUCAAGGGAACCUAUCAUUUUGGGCUGCAUGUUAAACCCUUAAAUUCAUUUUGGUUGAUGGCUUUUACCGAUGCAGAUUGGGCAACUGAUGUUGAUGAUAAGAAGUCUAUGGCAAGACUGUGUGUAUAUUUGGGAGGGACCUUAGUCUUAUGGUCAUCUCACAAACAACGGGUCAUCUCUCGAUCAAGUACUAAGUCCGAAUACAGGGCACUAGCUGAUGGAGUUGUAGAAGUUAAGUGGCUAAAUUCAUUACUCUUUGAGCUUGGUCUCAUGCUUUGA